AUGGAUAUAAGUAUAUUUGCAAGUCAAAAGCUAGCGUCCUUAUUCGGACAACUACGCCUCGCCCCACAUUGGCCGAGUCGAGACAUUGAGACUGAGACACCCCGCUCCCCGCCGCCGCCACGGCCGCGCCGCGCCGCGCCGCCGCACCGCCGGCGCCCACCAGUCGACGGCCACUCGUCUCGCGAGUCAAACGUGUGCCCAUCCACAUCCCUGAACGCGAGUGAACAGAACAGUGCCCCCCGCGCCCGGUGCAGUGAACCACGGCGCACAAUUGCGCGCCGCCGCCGACGAACGGCACUGUGUCCCGCUGUCCGCGCACCUCGCGCCUCGCACCUCGCCGAGAGAGCCCGCGGGGCCACUGACCGCCCCAUCAUCUCGAGCCGCGGCGGGGGCGCCAUGGAGUGCGGCGUGGCGGCGGCCGCGGGCGGCUUCGGGCCCCGCGCCGGCGCCGCCCAGCCGCACGCCGCCCUCUCGCCCACGGAGCGCUCCCCGGCGAAGGCUGGCCUCCACGUCAACUUCAGCGACAAGGGAGAGGUGAAAGAGCGGCGGGAGAAGUUCCUGACAGCCAAGUACGGCAGCCACCAGAUGGCGCUCAUACGCAAACGGCUCGCCGUCGAGAUGUGGCUCUACGAUGAGCUGCAGAAGCUGUACGAAACGCCGGUGAGCGACAAUUUGAGAGCGGCGGCGGGGGCGCGGGAGGGGGCGGCGGCGGCGGCGGGGGCCGGGGGCGGGGGCGCCUCCCAGGAGGUGGAGGUGGACAUCGACGAGCUGCUCGACAUGGACAGCGACGAGAUUCGGCGCCGACACCUCACGACGCUUUUAGCGGACGCCAAGAAGCCCCAGAAAGAGGUACAUAAAUUCAUCAACGAACUGUUAGAAAAGGCGAAAACUCUG